AGAAGCUGAGGACCAGAAUUGGAGCUCCAGUCGGCGAAAUCCUCUGAUUGUCACACUAUAAAAACACUCCAUAAACCGGCGAACUUUCAGCAAUCGGGCCUUUAAUAGCUCCGUUAGGCCGUGAAACAGCGGCUGGGUGUGAUUCUGUACCGUUACCGUUGCUCGGAUGGAUGUAGUGGCGGAUACACCGUGAAGCAGGUGCAUUUGAAGAAGAAGAAGAAGAAGAAGAAGAUGAUGAUUAAGAUAAUGAUGAUGUUAAUGAUGAGGAGGAGGUGAUGAAGUUCUGUCACACCGGAGGAUUACUGAGCCGCUGCUGACUGAUGGAUUCUGCUGCUUUUAGCGGACACUUCAGAGCUUCAGUUCAGGAUUGCUGAAGGCCUGCACCAUGCUGGCUUGUCUGCAGAGACAGAACCAGCAGCAGCAGCAGUUCUCCUGUGCCACCAGGAUCCGGGAAACUCCACAGCACACCAAUGAUCUGACCCCUGCGUGCCCUCCUCGAUACCCUUCUGCGGCCGAUCUGGACGCCUACAUGCAGAGGACGUCCCACAGCCCGCUGACCAUCCGGAUCUUCCCCUCCAGCAUCAGAGUCCCGCAGCACAAGCAGAUCAACAGAACCGUCAACGGGCUGGACACCAGACUCAACCCCUAUCCGCAUCAACACCCUCGCAGAUACCAGGGCCUGCUGGCCGUCGCCAAAACACACGCGCAGAUUAAAGAAGUAUUAAAGAGUCACGAUGGAAAACUAACCAAAUUCUCUCCAGUCCAGCAGGCGGCGGCUCCGUAUGCUCCGCUCCAGCACAGAGAGUAUGUGGCCCAGCACACCACCCGCCCGUCCAACCCUUCCAUACUAGCGUCCUGCGCUGAUGCAGGAUUAGCGGUCACUCAGAGCGGACACUACGGAGCUGUUUUACCCACACAGAGUGCAGAUGUUGCCGGUUCGGAUUAUUGCAUGCAUCAGCACCAAACGCAUGGCGUCAGAAUCUCUCCCGAGGUCUGCUACAGAACUCAAGGCAAACUCUCAUCGUCUCCUGCAGUGCGUGAGUUUUCAACCGGACAGUUUUUGGCUCCCGCUUGGCCUGGUGUUCUGGUGACUCCGGACAGUGAGUGUUUUAAGCCUCCAGCGCUGCCCGCCGACGGCUCCACAGGUCUAGGAAAGCGUCCGGUGUCGUACCCCUGCUUUCCUCGCGGCCUCAGCAGCAGUCUGCGGUCUCUGGAGAGCCUGAUCAGCGGGAUCCAUCCGGCCUGCAUCAAGGAGCGCAUGCUGGGCCGAGGGUUUGAGAGCAUCCCGCCACUAGUGGAGCCUCCACACACACACAUGCAGCUGCACAGAUAGGACAAGAGGACGACAUAAUCCUUACAUGUGGAGUCGUGUGUUCACCCUGUGCUGUUGGGGACUUCUUCAUUCACUCUUUGAGGCUUAAUGCUUUGGAAUUUUUCACAAUCUCAACAAUAUACACAGACUGACCCCCCUUUGGUUAUGUUGGUGCUGUUUUUGACCCCAUAAUAAUGCAUAAUUAGAUGCUGUCAUGGCUUUACAAUCAAUAAAUGUGAUUAUAAUGGAAGUCAGUGGGGUCAAAAGCAGUCCCCAACAUCACCAAAGGGGAGUCAAUCUAAACAACACACAAGGGUUAAUGUGCUUUGCAUACCAUACUUUUUGAUCAUUAACUCUUUCUCCACCACCAUUUUUUUUAAAGUUGCCCAUCACCACCAACAUUUUUGGGGAUUUUCACCUAAAUUUCACAUUCAAGUUUUAUCACCAGUUCAAUAGGUUACAAUCUAGUUCACUAGAAGUCUAGUUCUAGUUCACUAGUGUUGAGCCAGUUGCAAGGGUAGCCCAGGUACACAUAGAUAGAAAAACAUGCGGCCACAUGGCACAGGGUGGGAAAAAUCUUUAUCAAAAUCAUCUUCACUUUUUAGAUCGUCUAUUUUGCUCCUAGACGACCCAGAGGUCCCUUAACACGUUCAGGACAUGCAUUAGGGCACAUACCGUACUACACCUAAAACACAGAUUGCUGUAAAAACUCAUUAAUGGCAGGCAAUCGUUAUCUCCUGAAUGUGAGGGAAAGAAUUAAUGCUACUGUGUUCUUCUAGCUGUGCUUUUUUAGAACGGCUGCAGACACGCCCCUUUUUGAAAUCUACACGAUCAUUACUAGACACGCCCUUUUUUGAUAUGGCCAUUAUCAUUACUAGACACGCCCCUUUUUGAUAUCUCUAUCUCCAGUAUCAUUAUUAGACACGCCCAUUUUGUUUAUUAUCAUUACUAGUCACGCCACUUUUUAAAUAAAAGCAUUAUCAUUACUAGACACGCCCCUUUUUGAUAUCUCUUGUCUCCAGUAUCAUUACUAUCUAGCUGUGCUUUUUCAGAACGGCUGCAUUGUGCAGAUCUACAGCUUUUUCUCAGGCCUCUUUUGGUAUGUCCUUUAUUAUGACUAGACACGCCCCUUUUUAAAUGUCCGUUAUGCUUACUAGACACGCCCCUUUAUCGUUACUAGACAACCCU